CAAAAGGACUACGGUGUAAUUAUUUAUGGUUGGGAUGAGUAUUUGAACCCUCGACAAAAUCCUACAAUUCGUGAUGGUGUGGUAUUCUACUGAGGUAAUAUCUUUUCCAUCAUCAAUUUCUCUAUUUUACACUUAGAUAUCUAACCAUUAAAUUCUAGCCUUUUUCAUUGAAAAUUCAGUCCAAGUGGUUCCAUCUUCCAUUCAUAGAAUAAAGAUCAUGGAUAGAAAGUUGUUUUUACUAAUGCUUAGCGAUGCAACAUUGCUCCUUACUUUGCUAAACAAGCGGAAGAGGGAUGAAGACUUGCUAAACAAGCGGAAGAGGGAUGAAGACGAAGCGAAGAGGGAUGAUGACAAGCAGAAACUACCGAAGAAGAAUGAUAAUGACAAAGCCGUCGACGGCGAUGACGACGAUGAUGAUACCGAUGAUACUGAUACAGAUGAUGAUGAUGGUGGUGAUGGUACAAUAUUAAGUUACAAGGGCUUAGUCUUAAAAAAAUCUGAUGGAAAACUUCUAAAAGGGCCAUACUUCUUGAAUGACACAAUAAUAGAAUUCUACUUUCGUUACCUAACAUCAAACUACGGAGAAGACGACGUGUUAUUCGUGGCACCUUCAGUGUCAUUUUGGCUAGCAAACUCUCAUAUUAGCCAAAACAACUUACAAGAGACUAAAAACUCCCUCAAGCUAAACGAAAAACAACUCAUAUUUUUCACCAUCAACAACAAUGAGUUAAAUUCGAGUUCCGAAUCUACAACAAAUAAUGGCGCAGAUGGAGGAACACAUUGGAGUUUACUAGUGUAUUACCGAGCUAAGAACAUAUUCGUGCACCAAGAUAGUGUAAGAGGGCUUAAUAAGCUCCACGCCGACGCGCUUUAUUCGGUACUUAAGAAGGUUUUGGAUGAGAAUGCCAAUAAUUUAAGGCCUCCAAUAUUUAUAGAGCUUGCAGUUAGAACUCCUAAGCAAUCGAAUGACUAUGAUUGUGGCCUAUAUGUUAUGAAGAUUGCGGAGAUUAUCUUGGACUGGUACUCGAUUUGGAGAGAUCGUCAUGAGGAAUUAGGGGACCUUUGGUUUGAUGAAGUUUCGGAGAAGGUUUCAAGGUUUUAUGUAGAGGGUUUUAUGCGCACUGAAAUUCGAAUGCUUAUUAAGAUGUUGAGGGAGGAUGAACAGGGUGCUUCUGGUGCUGAUACUGGUUGAUUCUCUGUUAGAGGAUAUUGGACCGUAGGUCUAUAUCUACGGGAAAGGCCUAUUAGGUUAAAUUUAUUAGGUUAAGUUUAUGUUAUGUUCCUUACGUCUAACAUUCUCCUAUUAAUUUGUCUUUUUUGUUGUUUGUUGUUGUUUGAUAUAGAAGCUAAAGUUUUUCAUCA